AUGUCUUCACAUCGUCGUCCUGGCGUGGCGUCGAGCUCCUCUGACCCCCCUGACUCAGAUUCAAUCUAUGUGCGUGGUUCUUCAGUAACAUCAUUCGAUUCUUCUCCCCAACCUGUCAAAAUUGGGAAGCGCAAGUCAACAUCAGAGCCAUCGAAAUCCAGCAAACGGAAACGCAAGGCUCCAGAAAAUAGUGGAGAAGAGCUCGAAAUACACGAUGUCAAGGCUAAGGCAUCUAAACGUCCACGAUUGCAAGAUAAUCGCAAGGAAAAGGGUGCUUUAACUCCACGGGACCAAUGUCUUCACUUUGCUCUGUGGAUCCCUCGAGGGAUCGACAUGUUUUGCAUCCUCAAGGACGUCUUUCGCAUUGCACCCAUCAUCGAGGAUGCACGUGCUCACUUGGAUGAUGACUCCGACGCAGAUGACAUGCACGAUACUCUCUUAGCUAACAUAUCCAAAGAUACGCAGGACCAGAUGCUCCGGACGUUCAAGAAGAUCAUUACAGGUGCCCCUUACCUUCAAGAACUCAUAAGAGGUGGUCGCAAAAAAUCGGAUGGACUGCAGGAGAUCCUUGACGAGAUGCAAUAUUUGAUUGGACAGGUGCGAUCCGAAGAUGCGGCUCAUCUGAAAAGGAGCAUUGCACGUUAUGCAGUGUUUAAUGGAAAAGGUCUGGUGCCGCCCGUCUUCCCUGAUACCAAGGAAUCGCGUGCACAGAUGGGUCUCAACCACCCUCAACUCGCUCGCAUGCUAUGCCCCAUAAAGUUUCUUUCAGAGUAUCAAACGGACCCGUCAGCCACAAAAGCCAAGCUUGAGGCUGGCACUAUCAAGAUGGAUGCACGAGCUUGGCCUGCCCUGAUGUAUAGGGCUGGAGCCACUGGAGUCGCUGGGGAGGACUUCGACAUAACAAACGUACAGGACGGCCUUUUCGAAGGAUUCCUCAUUGAACGUGUAAUGAAACAUAUACUCACCGGCCCCUCAUCUGCACUCGCUGGAGACGACUUUCAUGUCUCAAACUCUUGCAAUGCGGUACUUCACAGAAUGAUGGCUGUGGAAGCCGAAAACGUCGCUUAUUCAGCUGUCCAGGCACGCUCUGCAAUUACCUCUCGUGACAAGUGGUCCACGGACAAUGGAAAUUUCUCAUAUCGAAAAUUCUAUUACAGAAUUAUCGACGUCAUUCGCAAUCCACCGGACAAAGCAUGGGCUAUGGCGACUCUGCAACAUUAUAACCUGAAACUAUUCAAAGACAAGGCUGGACGUGCUGCUGCCCUCUCGACCUCUGCAACCUCUAAUGUCGGAGAGCCGGACGAGGACGAGGACGACAUUGCGCUGAUGUGCAAACAGUUUGCCCUUCGAUCUGCGAAUCCCUCGAGUGUAGCGAAACCUGUCUCAACUCCUCCUGUUCCAGCAAGUUCUGAGAUGCUUCCCCCACGGCUGCCCUCGACCAAGGUCACAAGCCCGCCUGUUUUGCCUUCUCCAGAGCCACCCUCACCUGCUCCACCCACUCCCAAGCCACGUCCCAUUCCUAAGCCACGUCCCAUUGCGAAGGUGCGACUGGAAGCUCCAAAGUCACCUGCACCAAGUCCACCCACCCCCAAGGAACGUCCUGCUGUGGAGGCACAAGCUCCGAGCUCACCUUCACCUGCUCCAAGUCCACCCACUCCCAAGGCAUGUCCUGUUCCCAAGGCACGUCCUGUUCGUAAAGCCCCAUCCGAGGAAUCCACACCACUUCCCCGCAAAAAGGGAAAGGUGGCCCCACCAGAAAGCCCACUUACAGAAUCCGAACCAUCGGAUGAGGAGGUUGAGACUCCAGUUCGAAGAUUGCCUCGGCAAGCUCGACCAAAGGCCGGCCGCAAGACUGCCGCAUCCGCUAGCGCACCAAAGAAAAAGAAGGGAAGAAAAUGA